AUGGAUGUAUUCCAUGUAAACUUGGGAAGACCUUGGAGGUUUAAUGUGGGUGUUGUAUAUGAUUGUAGAUCAAAUGUUUACUCAUUUGAAUGGAAAGGUAGAAGACUACAAUUGAUACCAAAUGCUGUCGAAGAUAAAACAGAAGUUGCCAAGGGCAAGGCCAUCAUGCACAUUGUAUCAGGUACUCAGUUCAUGGGGUCCAAAGAAGACCACUCCCAAGCAUUGGUCGUACUCCUACAUGAAAGAAAUAAUUCCCUUAAGCCCAAUUCAUCCAUUCCAACCGAAAUUCAAUCUCUGUUACAGUACUUCAAUGAUAUUGGGAUGAACGCUUUGCCAUCUAAAUUACCACCUUUGUGUAUUAUACAACAUCAGAUAGAUUUUGUACCUGGAGCUACACUACCUAAUAAUCCACACUGCCGGAUGAGCCCAACCGAGCAUGCUUUGCUUUAA